AGUUGGAAUUCCUAUCUAUAUUGUCCUUCUCUUGAAUAUUUUUUGGCCUCCGUUCUUUGUUUGUGAAUUGUCAGUGAGCUUCAGGAUCAUCAGGUCAUUGUCUCCCAUGUAAGAACAAUCUAGUCAGGGCUCAAUCUUUGGCUCGCGAACUCCAGCAAUCAGACAGAGUUUAGUGGUCUCCCUUCGUUUUGACACCAGAAGUACGAUAUGUCUCUGUUUGUAGAAUUCUUGCGUUUCAUUCUUUGUUGCCAUACAGAACAUUUUGUUGAUGGUUAUGAAUAUGAUGACACUACCUCGAGGAACAGCCAUUUAGUAUAUAAAUCAAUUCUAAGAACCAGAACCACAUCGUCCCUUGAUAAUGACCCACUUUUACCGUAUUCACGGCCUAGUCCUUCAUUAUAUCAAGCCAAAGUUGCAGUAGAUUCAUGGAUAAGAAAUUCAUUGAUAAUCAAGGAGCCACAUGUUCAGGAAUCUUCCCAAAGGACUAAUGAAAUUUCUCCAAACUUUUCAAAUUCAUUACAACCACCUUCAUUUUCUUAUACUUAUUCUCACUCUUCUUCCGACCUGCCCCCAAUUUCUUCCAUUUUCUCUUCAGUUCCCCGUAAUCCCCCAAAAUCUUCUUCAUCUGCAUCAUCCCUUAAAGGACCUCCAUCUCUAAUUGGGCCAUCUUCAUCUUCCCCUAAGCCCCCUCCAACCUCUAAGCCAGUCAUAUAUCCAACGACAUCUCAUGCAGUAAGUGAAGAAAGAAAAACGGAUUAUAUAUUAAAAAAGGGCGCAACAUCAUUAUUUGCAAGUUCUAUAUCCAAUCUGCCCCCAUCCUCUUCCAGUUCCUCUCCAGUUCUCCCUAAUCCUCCGAAAUCUUCUCCUAAGCCAUCUGCAUCUUCCCUAAAAGGGCCUCCUCCAACCUUUAAGCCAGUUCUAUAUCCAACUACUACUAGUACUCCUGGAAAUGAAGAAAGAAAACUGAGUUAUAUGUUGGAAAAGGGUACAUCACCUAUAUUUGCAAUUCCUGAAUACAUCAAAGGUCAGAUCAAGGAGAACAUCGUGCCUGAAAUUCUGAAGCAGCCUUUGUCUCCUUCAACGUAUAAGGCUUACUUUACUGCUCUGUUAUAUGCUGAGGAAUUCUACUUGGAGAAAUGGAGUGAUUUCCUCUUGAAGAAUGUGACUUUGGAGUUCCAUGAAGCAGCAGUCUAUAAAGAAUCAACCAAGUACAAAAAUCUUAGUGGAAAUCUUAAGAAGAAGAAUAAAACAUUUGUAGUUUUUGAGAUUGAUUCUAUUCCUGGGAGGCGGCCAUUCCUUUUAUCGAGGGACUUGGUCUAUGCACGACCUUUGGGUAAAGAUAUUGAGCCCUUUCAGGGUUUUAUCUAUCGUGUGGUGAAGAGCACUCGCGUAUUAGUGGAAUUCGGAGACGAUUUUCAUUCACAACAUUAUGCUUCCAGAAAAUAUGACAUCAGCUUCUCUUUCAAUAGAGUGUGCCUAAAGAGGGCUCAUGAAGCAGUUGAAACUAUGUCAAAUCCUUCAGUCCAGAACUUCCUCUUUCCUGAAUAUUGUGUAUCCCGAAAGGAAAAACUUAGCCCACCCACUCUGCUUCCUGCCAAUCACCAAGUUAGUAAAAAUGAGGUCUCUGCAAUUCGUCACAUUUCAAGCUUUCGGGGAUCACCACCUUAUCUUCUCAGUGGCUCACUCUGUGUAGUCACUGCAAUGGAUUCAAAAGAACUAUCAAGAACUGGAAUUGUUGUUCAAGAAGCAGUAUGUGAAAUAUAUCGGAGCUCUCCUGAGUGUCUAAUUCUUAUAUGCGCACCCACAAACAACACAUGUGAUGUGCUGACCAGAAGUUUGAAAAAGGUAAUUUUAGAAUCGGAUAUGUUUCGAGCCAAUGCUGCAUUUCGAGAGAUGGAUGGGGUACCUGCUGACAUUCUUCGUUCAUGUCCCAUAAAAGGGGAAUGUUUUACUUGUCCUUCAUUACAAAAACUUCGGAAAUUCAGGGUAAUUUUGUCAACUUUCGUUAGUAGCUUUCGAUUACACAAUGAAGGCAUACCUGCUGGACAUUUCAGUCACAUUUUUCUGGUAGAUGCCUCAUUGGCAAUGGAGCCGGAGGCAGUGAUACCUUUGGCUAAUUUCGCUACUGACAAAACAGCAGUUAUAGUUACCGGCGCAUCCACAAGACAUUCAGCUAGGGCCCACUCUGACAUAGCGAGGAAAUAUGGAUUGGGGAAGUCACUUUUUAAUAGACUUCAUGAAAACAGGCUUUAUAGCGGAUUCAAUCCCAUGUUCAUCACACAGUUGGCUGGGUUUCAGCAGUAGUCCUUUAUCUUUAAUUUCAACUGUCCCUUCGUAAACAGCAAUAUACAUUUGUACGUAUGCUGCUACCUUAACUUGUUGUCUACUUGUGUGUUUUGAUGCUGCUUUGUCAUCCUAGUUGUAUGUAUAAGUGCAAAGACCUCUCAUGCAAGUUCAGUGAUGAUUUCCUUCUCUCUUUCUAUAUAUAUUGGAAGUCUAUACAUUUGUGUUUUUUCAA